AUGAAUUCUUUUCAAUAUUUGAUUCUUUGGUCUACAGGUUGGAAGGAGUCGGCCGAAUUUCUCCUCAAUCAUGAGGCUAGUGUUGAUGCAGAAGAUAAAGAUAAACGAACGCCACUACAUUACGCUGCCAGAGGGGGUGAGAAGGAUGUGGUCGAACUUCUCAUAAAUCAUGGAGCUAGUAUCAAUGCGAAAGAUGAGAAUGGAUUGACUUCACUUCACGUAGCUGCAGAAAAUGGUCGAAUGUAUAUUGCACAACUACUCAUCGAUCAUAAAGCCUAUGUUAAUGCAAGAAGUAAAAACAGCACGACGCCCCUUCACGUAGCUGCAAAAUUUGGUAAACCGGAUAUUGCCAGACUUCUCUAUAAUCACGGAGCUUUUGUUAAUUUAGUAACUGAUGAUAAAUGGUCAGCGCUCCAUUUCGCUGCAGAAAAGGGUUAUAAGGAUAUGGUUGAUCUUCUCAUUAAGUGGAGAGCUUCGAUUUUAGCAAAAACUAACGAUAAUUGGACGCCUCUCCAUUUUGCAGCAAAAUCUGGUAACAAUCAUAGCAAUUAA